GGUUGCCAUGACAGCGGCUGGGCCGCAGGAGCUGAGCGACCCCGGCUCCUUUUGCGUGCCCUCGGGAAAAUCCCAGCUCAGCCCGGGGGCGGACCUGUUCUUCCCAGGGUACACUCCAGAUCUUUCCGGACCCCCGGUGAGCUCCUUCCCCGGGCCUGGCGGGCUUCGGCGUCCCCGGCCCAGUCACGAUUCGCCCAGAAGAGGCGUGCUUGCGGCCGUCCCCAAAGGUCCCGACAACCACAAAGGCCCCGGAGACAGCCCGGUGCCCUGCGCGUGGACCGAGGGAAAGGACUGUGGGGCCAGCUCCGUCACGCGCAGCCUUGCAUCCGGGUGAAGCUCUGCAGGCCUUUGGUGACGCCAGCAUCCGAGGUCAUCAAAAACUCAAAUAAGGGAAGCCAAAGAAAUGUGUCAAGAAGGCUUGUCCAGACUGGCUCUGAGCAGCUCCAGUAAACAAUCCGAGUGUUCGGUGGGAGAGAGGAGGAGUCUAGCGGGAGGCCCGGAACUUGUGGACUCCAUGCUGGGGUCUCGAAGGCAUCCAAGCAGCAGCCUACAGAAAGAAUCCCCCCAGCAUCGGAGUGAAGACCUGGCUGAAGAGGCAGCGCCUCAGAACUGCCUCCUGAGGGAAGUGGAAGGCAUAGCACAGAGGCUGGAGACCUCCCUGGAGGAGAUCCGAAGGGUAGCCACGGAGCCACGAGAGGAGAAAGCACAGAGAAAGCUAGGUGAUGCACUUGAGAAUGCCCGGCUGGAAAUUGAAAGAUUGAAAGAUAAUCUGAUAAAACUGAAAGAAAGUGGUACGGCUGACUUGCAGAAAGCAAAGGAACAUAACCAGAGGCUGGACGAGGAAAUUCUGGCUUUAAGAAACCGGGUUCGAUCGCUUGACUCUGAGAAAAAGGUGCUUGGAGAAAUGGUCUUGAAGUUUUCACAAGAACUGGAACAGUUAAAGCAUUGUUCUGUAGGGGACAAAACUGCUAGUUUAAUGACAAGUGAAAACCUCUGUGAAGAUCUGGUGUCUAAAGCGCCACCUUUGGAAGUAGAGAUUCUGAGCCCGAGCGGAGAGAGGCAGGCACUCUGUUCUGAAUUAGGAGAAAGUAAACAGGAAGAAAUGCCAGAGGAGUCAGUGGAGGUGACUACUUUCCUAAGAGAGAGGCAGGAGUCACAGCAGAAGCAAGACUGGAGAGGCCAUGAACAGUUGCUGGCCAUGGAGCCCAAGGAAGUUGGGAGGCUUGGAGAAGAGAUGAGCCCCCUGUCUCAGAGCUGUGGGGAUAGUUCAGAUGACAGUAGCAUCCAGUACCUAACAUCCGGAGAGAAGGCAACCCAGCAGCAUCACGGCGAGGUACAGCAGCUGCGCCAGAACCUGCACCGCCUCCAGAUCCUGUGCAGCUCUGCCGAGAAGGAGCUGCGGUACGAGAGGGGCAGGAGCCUGGACUUCAAACAGCAUAACAGCUUGCUCCAGGAGGAGAACAUCAAGAUCAAAAUGGAACUCAAGCAGGCCCAAGAGAAGUUGCUGGACAACGCCAGGAUGCACUCGUCGCUCACGGCGGAGUGGAAACACUGUCAGCAGAAAGUCAAGGAGCUGGAGCUGGAAGGGCUGAGGCAGGCACAGAGCAUCAAGUCGCAGCAGAGCCUGCAGGAAAAGCUGGCUCGGGAGCAAUCGAAAGUGGCGGAUGCGCAGGAGAAGAUCUUGGACCUGCAGCAGAGGCUAGACCACUCGCGACAAGUCUGCCUUUCAGAUGUCUGUAUUCUGCGGAAGCAGCAGCUAGAGGACGAGAUCAGGGAAGCCAAGAGCAACGAGGCCAGGCUGCAGCAGCAAUGUCAGGACGAGCAGCAGAGGAGGGUCCUCCUAGACCAGGACAUAAAUGAGCUCCAGAGACAAGUGAGAGCGUUGCAGGAUCAGGAGAACCAACGGGAAGCCACCGGUUCCCAGCAACAAGAGGCUCUGCUCAAACAGCUGGAAAACGAGAGGACAAAGUGUGAUGAGUAUGUCAAGAGCAACCAGGAACUGUCAGAGAGGCUGUCUAGGUUACAGCAGGAGAAGGAAGCUCUAUGGCAAGAGCACGCGCAGUUUCUGGAGCAACUUGGUGAGCACGUGAGAAACUACAAAGACAAACACCACGGCCACAGAGCCAAGCUUCAAAAGGUCAAGGACCGUCUAACUCAUGAGUUAGAAAAACGGAAUAAGAGGAUUAAAGAACUCGAAGAUGAAACUGGGAAACUGCAACAGAAAAUUGAAAUGGAGAAGGUAUUCCAGGGCCAGAUCAUGACCCAAAAUGACAUCCUCCUCCUGGAAAAGAGGAAGCUUCUAGAGCAAGUCACAAAUCAAGAAGAACUGAUUUGCAGCAACAAGUCCACAAUCUCUGCAAUCCAGAGCAAGGCAGUUUUACUGGAUAAAGAAAACCAGCAGUUACAGGAAAACUGCCUGCGGCUCAUGCAGCAGAUAGGCCUCUUGGAGCGCAUCAUAAGGAGCAUCCAGAUUCGCAGAGCAGAGGAAGCAAUCAUCAGUGACAAUGCUGCAUAUGAAAUACUAAAAAAGAUACUACCUUUACAAAACUCCAGUUUCUCAGGAACAGGUCUGGUAUUGUCAGUUGAAAAUCUCCAGGAGACUGAGCUGUAUAAGUCAGAAGGAGCCACAGCAUCCCCCAAGUCCCCUGAACCUCUUUCAUGUUCACAGACUUCAGAACAUGGAUACAUAAAUGUGACGUCUCUAAAAGAGACAUACAGCAUACAAGGGGACCAAACUCCAGAACUAUGAUGUCCCUGGAGUCUAAAAGAAUACCAAUUGGCCCUGACUCAGAGCAUGGAUACGAGGGUGCACAUUGACCUGGAGAAGUCUCACAGAACACCCUGGACAUCAACAAAGAGGCUUCAAAAUUGCUGAGUAAACAGUCAUUAAAAACUUUCUUAAAAUGCA